AUGUCGGACAAAGACGAACAGCAGCAGCAGCAGCAACCAGCUGAUAGACGACAUAAUGAGACUGCAUCUGAUAACGGGACAACAGUCCAGUUACAUCUUGGACGAUCAGCGACUCUGCCCACCCAACGAUCUGUCGAUGCCUCGUCAAUCCCCACCAGAGCAGCUCCAGGUAGAGUGCGAUUCUCGUCCGAGGUCGACCGAGUCCAGCCCAUCAGUCAUGCUCCCGCAACGCCGCAGCGCCCACCGACUGCACAGAGACUUACCAUCAAUACCGCCGUUCAGACCUUUCCCAGCGUGGUGUCGCCAACAAAUGAGGGAAAUACUAGAAAAAACUCCCCUCUUUCUCCGCCGUCGCCGCAGUCGCGCACCCGAGAUCGAGGGUAUUCGCUCCGUCGAACCUUGUUUGCGAGGAAUAUCCAGUCUCACGCCGCCGAGGAUGCGAUUGAACAACAAGAGCAGCAGCAGCAGCAGCAGCAGCAGAGUAUCGAGUUGCGGACACAGGAGCCGUCUACAGGGCUUUCCGGCACGCAGGAGAAGGUCCCCGUCGUCACGGAGGAGAUUCACCCGAUAAAACCGCUGGGAACGGAUUCCCAGGAUGAUAUAGUUUCCCUGGCGUACUCUGAUUCUGCGCCGCUGAAAUAUACUUUUUCGUCAUCAUGGAAUGCUGGGCAGAAUUGGCUGGUUUCGACCGCGAGCAAAUCGAGAGCGUAUGAAUACUACAAGCAAUUGAACGUGGCAAUCAAGGAGAAGGUUUUCCGAAUCAAACCGUUACCGCCAACAAAGGACGGCCGCCACAUUGAACUUAAUGUGAUCGAUGUGGAUGCGCUGAUUGACGAGAGGUCUGGCGGUGCUUAUAUCAAUAACUCGGUCCGCUCGAGUCGGUACAGUUUGUGGAGUUUCUUCCCCAAGCAGCUCCUAUCCCAGUUCUCCAAGGUCGCCAAUUUUUACUUUCUUGUCGUCGCCAUCUUGCAAAUGAUACCAGGUCUCAGUACUACGGGCACGUACACCACAAUUAUCCCCCUGCUGAUCUUCGUGGGUAUCUCUAUGGGCAAGGAAGGCUUUGAUGAUAUUCGUCGGUAUCGGUUGGAUAAGGAGGAAAACAACCGCUACGUGCACGUUUUGCGACCCGACGGCAGGCGCAAACAUGAGAAAAAGUCCGUUGCGAAAGAUGCACAUCCUGCUUUGGAUGACCAAGGGGAUUGGAUCGCGAUCAAGUGGCGUGACGUCCGGGUUGGCGAUGUCAUUCGGCUCGAGCGCGACCAGCCUGUGCCUGCUGAUGCUGUCCUUUUGCAUGCGGACGGGCAGAACGGCAUCGCGCAUAUUGAGACGAUGGCUCUGGAUGGCGAGACAAAUCUCAAGACCAAGCAGCCCUGUCAACCUGUGGCCGAAGCCUGCAGCACACCUGAAGACAUCAUUGAGCGGAAGCGUUCUCUCUACUUUAGAGUGGAAGAUCCUAAUCUUGAUCUGUACAAGUUCGAUGGUAAUGUUACUGUUGACAACGAGGUGUUACCGAUUACCAACAACGAAAUCCUCUAUCGAGGCAGUAUUCUGCGAAACACACAACAAGUCUAUGCGAUGGUCAUUUACACCGGAGAAGAGUGUAAGAUUCGCAUGAACGCCAACAAGAACCCGCGUAUCAAGAAACCUGCUUUGCAGACUGUGGUUAACUAUGUUGUCAUACUCAUCGUUGCCGUCGUUCUUCUAAUUGCCAUGAUUUGCACCAUCGCGUACAGUGUUUGGAGCAGCAAUUACGAAGAUAAUGCAUGGUAUCUUGCCGAUGCGAGUGUUGCCAUUGGGCCCGUUUUCACCUCGUUUCUGAUCAUGUUCAACACAAUGAUCCCCAUCUCUCUUUAUGUGAGCAUGGAGAUCGUCAAAGUUGGCCAGAUGCUUUUGCUCAAUGAUGUUGACAUGUACGAUGAGGAGUCAGAUACCCCUCUCGAGGCGAGAACCUCAACCAUCAACGAAGAACUGGGUCAGGUCAGCUAUAUAUUCUCAGACAAGACGGGCACGUUAACCAAUAACACCAUGCGUUUCCGUAUGCUGAGUGUUGCUGGUACCGCUUGGAUACACGAUCACGACCUCCGCGAAGAAGCCGCCCGAGAAGGCGACAAGCACUGGCUCAUGCACAAGAAGCGCAGCGGCAAAGGGAAGAAAGCAAUGCGCCGCAAAUCUGGGCUCGAAAGCGUACAUCGAGCAUCGUCCGUGCGAAUGUCCAUGGCUUCUGCGUAUGCUGAACAACAGCCCUCGCGUGCUCGGUCCAUCAGGAAUGGCAGGCCUUUCCACGGGGGAAACACAAUGCAGAUGCUGGAUUAUAUUCAACGCAAACCAUACACAUUAUUUGCUCGCAAAGCCAAAUUCUUCAUCCUGUCCCUGGCGCUCUGCCAUACUUGUAUUCCUGAGCAAGACGAGGCUGGAAAUAUCUCAUUCCAAGCUGCGUCGCCUGAUGAGUUGGCACUGGUAACUGCCGCACAGCAGCUAGGAUAUUUAGUGAUGGACCGACAACCCAGAACUUUGACCAUCCGGACAUACCCGUCUGGUUUCGACGAGGAACCAACGGACGAAGUCUACGAAGUCUUGGACGUAAUCGAGUUCACCAGUUCCAGAAAGAGAAUGUCCGUCAUUGUCCGCAUGCCUGACCAACAGAUCUGUGUUUUUUGUAAAGGUGCAGAUUCUACAAUCACGAAACUUCUUUCAAAGGCGUCAUUAGCGCAAGAAAAGGCCGUGCAGAUCGAAAGGCGAGCCACCGAGAGGAAAGCAGAGGAGGCCUUGGAGGUCAUGCGACGGAAUAGUGAGCAGCACAGUCCGGUGGCUAUGCAAAGGCCAAGCCUGUCAGGAAGACGGCCUAGUGGAUUGUCCGGGAAGGAUUCAUUGCGCCGCAGUGUCGAUAUCUGGCUUAGGGACCGGGAGACGGAUGGCGGCAUUCUAACUAGAGACAGUGGCAGCGAGCUCUACAGUCCCCGGCCAUCGGCUCAGCUAAAUCGCAACUCCAUGGCAUCCUCUGAUGGACGGCCUUCUUUCCAAGAGGAAGACGACGGCUAUCUAGUAGAAGAAAGCUUGGUCGUUGACGAACAGGCUGUGUUCGAGCGAUGCUUCCAGCAUUUGAACGAUUUCGCCAAGGAGGGUUUGCGUACGCUGAUGUAUGCUUCUCGUUUCAUAGACGAAUCGACCUAUGCGGAAUGGAAACAAGCGUACCAAGAAGCGUCCACGAGCUUGGUAGAUCGACAAGAAAAGAUUGAGAAAGUAGGCGAACAGAUCGAAACCCAGCUCGAGCUGGUCGGGGCUACUGCUAUUGAGGACAAACUUCAAAAGGGUGUGCCAGAGGCAAUUGAUAAACUAAGACGGGCCAAUAUCAAGCUUUGGAUGCUUACUGGCGAUAAGCGGGAGACUGCCAUCAACAUUGGUCACUCGUGUCGCUUGGUGAAAGAGUACUCCGAGGUCAUCAUCUUGGAUCAUGAAGCAGGCGAUGUCGAGCGGACUAUUGUUUCAACUAUAAACAACAUCCGCAAGGGUCGACUGGCCCAUUCGGUAAUGGUGAUUGAUGGCCAGACGCUGUCGAUUGUUGAAGCUGACGAAGCGUUGAUGAGCCGGUUUUUCAAACUGGCCAUUCUGGUUGACUCGGUGAUUUGCUGCCGUGCCAGCCCCAAACAAAAGGCCUUUUUGGUCAAAUCCGUUCGCAAACACGUCCUGAACGCAAUUACGCUCGCAAUCGGUGACGGUGCCAAUGACAUUGCCAUGAUCCAAGAGGCGCACGUCGGCAUUGGUAUCACUGGCAAAGAAGGGCUGCAGGCUGCAAGAAUAUCGGAUUAUUCGAUUGCGCAAUUCCGAUUUUUACUCAAGCUGCUUCUCGUGCAUGGCCGCUGGAAUUAUAUCCGAAUUUGCAAAUAUACGCUGGGCACGUUCUGGAAGGAAACACUGUUUUAUCUUUCGCAGGCGCUUUACCAGCAUUGCAAUGGGUACACUGGCACCAGUUUGUAUGAGAGCUGGUCGUUGAGUAUGUUUAAUACACUUUUCACAUCUCUGCCGGUCAUCUUUCUGGGUAUUCUGGAGAAGGACCUUUCAGCAUCGACGUUGUUGGCUGUUCCUGAGCUCUACACCAAGGGACAACGCAACCAGGGCUUCAACAUUCGGAUUUAUCUGGGUUGGGCUGUGAUGGCAGCGAUCGAGGCAGUGAUUGUCUUUUUCACCAUGUACGGAUUGUUUGGUGUUUCGCUCAUAGGCUCUGACAACUCGGUUUUCCCCUUGGGCCUAUUAACCUUCACUGCAUGCAUAUGCAUCAUCAACCUCAAGCUACAGUUCCUGGAGAUCCACUACAAGACCAUAGUAGCUGGCAUCGUACUUUUUAUUUCUAUCGGUGGAUGGUUCCUCUGGAACAUCUUCCUCUCCGCCGAGUACAACGACGGCACAAGUGGAAAGGGCAUAUAUGAUGUGCACGACAACUUCCUCACUCGCAUCGGGCGGAGCCUGAGUUUCUGGACUGUUCUCCUGCUCAUGAUUGCAUCUGUGUUAUUGUUCGAGACUGCCGUAACUAUGAUCCGCCAAUUCUGCUUCCCAACGGACGUCGACAUCUUCCAACAACUAGAAAAAGAUCCCGCCAUCAAACGCCGCUUUGAGGAGGCAGCUGCGUCAGAACUGCAGCAGGGCUGGGACCACGGCAAGAAGAAAUCGAGUCUGGAAAUUGCGCGCGACGAAGCUGAGCAAGCAGCUCGCGAAAAGGAGGUUCAUGAUUAUCUAAAUCGUCGGAGAGAGAACAUCGCCGAUGACCAUGAAGUAGUCAAGACGAGUGGUAACCCCGGCGAUGAAGUCAUGACGACCAUCCGCCCUGCUGCCCGUCAGUACGCUGAAGACGAAGAAGCAGCUAUCGACGGCUCUAGUGCUGCUAACUCUGGUCCAUUACGCCGGAAGUCCCAUGACAUCCAUGACGUGUUUGUCAAGGGAUUUGGCUCUAUUAAAAGAGGUCAUUUAUAG